CAGCCAUCAGACAAGGCGAUUUGGGGCUGGGUUCCUUACAAAUAGAGGUCCCCCUCUCUUUCUCCAUCUCACAUUAGCUUGGCUUGAGGACCAUUGAACGUGGAGAUGACUGACAGAUGCCAGCUGACUGAUAAGAACGUUUGGAACCUCUUUCAUCUUUUCACUGAUUGCUCAAAUCCAGCUGUGAUAUUGUAAGGAAAAAAAGGGCCUUCUAACUUAGGGGAGAUUCGAGAGGAAAAGAAUCACUCAGAAUUCUUUGGUUUUCAGGAGAUGGAAGCUGAAGGCGACCUGGGAUAUCAGUGACAAAUAUUCUUCACAUGUAAGGUAAAAGAAAGUGCUAUAGCAUGAUUUUGCAGCCGGUCAGCUUUAAAGCAACAAAAGAGCACUUCAGACAAAUUUGCUAUGGAUCACAAAAUAUGUAGCUAAUCCCUGAAACAAUAUAUGUACUGCAGUGACUAACAAGAGUUAUUUAAAAGUUUUGAAGUGAAAUGUUUCGGUUUCUGCCUUCUUGGCUGCUUUGAUGUGAACCCUUUUUACACCAGAGCAGCUAAAGAAAGAGGAGAACUGAAAUGUUUUGUUUUAAACCUUUAAUAUAUCUGUUUUGUUAGACCCUUUAAUGACAUGAUUAGAUGGAUGGAUGGAUGGAUGGAUGGAUGGAUAGAUAGAUAGGUAGAUAGAUGAUAGAUAAAGAUAGAUAGAUACAGUAGAUGAGAGAUAUGUAAAUAUUUUAUUUCUGUAGUACUUCAAUUAUUGAUGGGAGAGCUUUGUAUAAAAGUAAUACUGUACAGUAGAUAGUAAACAUCCUAAGUUAAACACUGACAGCACCACUACAGACAGAUAUGUGUUCAAAGUCCUAUCGAAUUCAGCACAGGAGCAAGGCUAGCUCUGUGGUUAAAGGAUUUCAACUUUAAAAGGGCUUUUGACUUUGGAUGGCUUGAAAACACAUCUUUAAAAAUAAACAAUGGCUUGAUGGUAGAUAGAAGGGAAAGUAAGAGCUCAUUUGGUUAGAGUGUGGUGCCAAGGUUGCAUCCUGUGGAGUAACAGUGAUUCAUUCCAAAGGACUGGGAGGAUGACAAAUGCCUUUAGGAAUAACAGUAGCCAACACAUUUUUCUUGUGGUUUUACCAACUAUGGGCACUUCCAGAAUGUGACAAUUUUGUGGGUGGGAUUUAAUCACAUUCUGGCAAGUUCAGAUUGUGCAGGUGAAGUGGAUUGGGUACUCUUGUAAUAAUAAUAAAAGAUAAUAUUGUUUGUGCCAGAACAACAUACUGGUAACAAUUGUACUGAAGUUAUCACCCUGAGCCAGCAGGGGGAUACUGUAGAUAGUUUUCACUCAGGUCCACAUAUGCAAAUAAGGGAUUGAAAGUGACAUUCAGUGAUUGGAUAGCUGCAGAAAGUGGUUACUGUUGUGUUGUAGUGGAGCUCUAUAUAAGCAGGCUGACUUGAACCCUUAAGUUUAGUUCUGUUCUGGCCUGUGAAUAAACAAGAGCUGUUUGAAGAUGGUUUGUCUGAUAUGUUCACCCACAACUUAACAAAUUGCUUGACGUGAUGUCAUAAAAACAAAUCAGGGCAAAUGCUGACGUUAACAGAUUGACUGGAAGUGGCAUCCAUGACAGGCAGCUGGUUCCAACUGCCCCCAUAUAGGAACAUAAUAAGUUUCUUUUUACUUUUUACUGAAUCAGACCCAAGACUGGUCCAUUCUAGGCCAGUCGUGCCUAUGGUUACUAGUGGAGGCUCUCCUCUCGGACAGGGUACCUCUUCUCAGCUCUACCUGGAGAUACUGGGAAUUGAACCUGUGACGCCCUGCAUGACAAGGCAGAUGCUCUACCACUGAGCCACUACAGCCCAUUCCUUCAUUACCUCUCCAUGCAGGGGAAACUUGCAUGCAUAAUUUCUGCAUGUCAGUUAAAGGCGCAGAGCUUCAUUCUGGAGAUGGGCCAUCGUUCUCCCCUCCUGCCUCCUCCUCCUCCAAGAAAAGAAAAAAGAAAAGACUUAAAGGUGGUAAGAAGUUUGAAAGAGAUGUGACUGUUCCUACUGUGUACAUUCAUCCCCAAUUUGCCUCUGGCAAACAGAGGCUGUGUGUGCACGCUACCAGUUUUCUUAAUCUGGAUCAAACCUGGUUAAUGCAUCAAAACACAGUAUUUCCCAAGAAACGACAGGAUAGAUGAGGACUGUGGCAAAUGUUGUGCUUUAUGUCGCUUCUCAGACCAGUGCCUUGGAUGCGGAGCAGGGGUGCAAUAUUCCUAAAAGUGACAAUCAGGACAAAGUUGUUCAGCUUUUUGGGGGAGAUGUUGACUGUUUUGGGACUUUUAUUUGAUUUUUAAAGCAUUUUUAUUUUUAUUUUUAAAAAACCUUUCUUGCUAUACAUCUGGGUUUUCAGCCUUUUUGCUGCCUGAAUCCCGGAUGUAUGGCAGCCCUAAUGACACAACCAAAUGUCUUUCUUAUCUCAAAAUCCUGUUUGACUGCAGGUGUUGGUGAGGCAAAGCAAAUGGGAAGAGAGUCCUCUUGCAAUAAUAAUAAUAAUAAUAAUAAUAAUAAUUUAUUAAUUAUAUCCCGCACAUCUGGCUGGGUUUCCCCAGCCACUCUGGGCGACUUCCAGCAGAACGCUAAAAUACAAUAACCUAUUAAACAUUAAAAGCUUCCCUAAACAGGGCUGCCUUCAGAUGUCUUCUAAAAGUCUGGUAGUUGUUUUUCUCUUUGACAUCUGGUGGGAGGGCGUUCCACAGGGCAUGUGCCACUACCGAGAAGGCCCUCUGUCUGGUUCCCUGUAACUUGGCUUCUCGUAGCGAGGGAACCGCCAGAAGGCCCUCAGCACUGGACCUCAGUGUCUGGGCUGAAUGAUGGAGGUGGAGACGCUCCUUCAAGUAUACUGGACUGCAAACCAUCACAAAAGCCUAUUGCAGCAGUCGCCGACCUGGUGCCCCCUGGGUUCUUUGGACUGCGACUGCCAUCAGCCCCAGCAUGUGAGCUGGAUGGGACUGAUGGCAGUAGGUGCUCAAAACAUCUGGAGGGAACCAAAUUAGCAAAGGCUGAUCUAUUGGAAGAGCACCAAGGGCCAGAUAGAGAGGCAUGGAGGGCCAUAUUCAGCUCCUGGGGGACCUGAGGCUCCCCAUCCUUGAGCUAAUCUCAAAGUAACAUCUUCCCAGCAUCUUCUUGUGGUCAUCAUGGACCAUUCCGCAGGCAUGCACCUUAAGUUACAAAACUUUAUGAAAACAGAGAGAGAAAGAGUAUUGGGUAUCAUAAUCAGUUUGUAAAUCUCUCUCCCUCUCUCUCUCUCCAGGGUUUGCUUUAUCCCCCGGAGGCCAGAAAAGAAAGAAAAUGGAGGCGCCCAUCUUCUCUUGCGACCCAGAAAUGCGUUCCUUUCUGUUCAUUCUCACCAUUUUCUUUGUUAUUCCACCUAUAAAUAAUGUGGACCCUGGUAAGACUCUCAUUAGUACCUCUCAUAGAAAUGUUAUUGUUUGUGGCUAAAGUGUAUAAUUUUUAUCUGAAGGGAGCAAAUAAUAACAACAACAACAAUAAAUCUACCAGAAGCCUAGAUACUGGCUUCUCAUACAUACCAAAAGUACCAUGAAAUUGUAAGUUGUUGUGGCAUACUUAGGUCCAUCUAGCUCAGGAACCAGCUGUGGUCAAACCCAGGUCUCAGGGAAGAUUAUUAACAUCACAACCAUGCCAUACAUUUAGAGCAGUCUGAUAGCUUUUUAUUUAUUUCAUAAACUAUACCGAUUGAUUAUAAGAAAAGAAAACCUCAAAGUGGUUUAAAGAAACAGUUGUUAUUGCUGGGUUUUUUAUGCUUCUUUUGAAUAGAUUCCAGGAAGACUUUGAAUUAUCCCACUAUUUCUGUUCGUUCUCAAUUCAGCAACAGGCCUUGCUCCCCUUAUUUCCAUCGAAGGCUAUGAGGACAGGGGGAUCCGAAUAGUUUGCCGAUCCAGUGGUUGGUACCCAAAGCCUGAGAUCCUAUGGAGAGGUCCCAAUGGGAGGCACUUCCCUUCACUGGGACAAAAAAUUUCCAUGGAGGGCAAUGGGUUGUUUGAGGCGCAGAACGACAUCAUCCUAACAGGAAUUUCAAAUCAUAGCCUAACCUGUGUGGUCCGGAACAGCUUCCUCAACCAGGAAAAGGAAUCAACCAUUCAUAUAGCAGGUAAGCUGUCCAGAAUUCUUGAUAACGGUUCUGUAUUUUGGGGCUGUGGCUCUGUACAAACAAUGCCUUCAAAACAUAUUCUUUCCUUCAAAGAAUUCUGGGAAAUGUAGUUGGGGUUAAACUACAGUGCCCAGAAUCCUUUGAGGGAAAGGAUGUACUUUGAAUGUGCUUUGAAGGUAUAAAGGUAAAGGUAAAGGGACCCCUGACCAUUAGGUCCAGUCGUGGCUGACUCUGGGGUUGCGACACUCAUCUCGCUUUAUUGGCCGAGGGAGCUGGCGUACAGCUUCCGGGUCAUGUGGCCAGCAUGACUAAGCCACUUUUGGCAAACCAGAGCAGCGCACGGAAACGCCGUUUACCUUCCCACUGGAGUGGUACCUAUUUAUCUACUUGCACUUUGACGUGCUUUCAAACUGCUAGGUUGGCAGGAGCAGGGACCAAGCAACGGGAGCUCACCCUGUCGCGGGGAUUUGAACCGCCGACCUUCUGAUUGGCAAGCCCUAGGCUCUGUGGUUUAACCCACAGCGUUUUAAAUUCUCAAGUGAUGUGCAGUGAACGAGUGAGGGGAGAAGCCUGAAGUCAACCAACGUUGACACCAACGUAUUCUAAAGAGAAGGCACUCGAGAAGAGAACCAGUGAGAACUUCUAGCAGGCUCACUUCCCAACUAGGUCACUAGAGACAGUGGCAGAUUAAAUCCGCUGUUGAAAUGUGCACCAAGAUGAUUUCAUAGGACUGUAGAAUUGUAGAGUUGGAAGGGACCUUGAUGGUCAUCUAGUCCAGGGUUAGGCAAUCUAAGGGGCCGGAUGCAGCCCAAUUGCCUUCUCAGUCCGGCCCACAGACGGUCCAGGAAUCAGCGUGUUUUUACAUGAGUAGAAUGUGUCCUUUUAUUUAAAAUGCAUCUCUGGGUUAUUUGUGGGGCAUAGGAAUUCGUUCAGUUUCCCCCAAAAAAUAUAGUCUGGCCCACCACAUGGUCUGAAGGACAGUGGACUGGCCCGCGGCUGAAAAAGGUUGCUGACCCCUGAUCUAGUUCCCCAUCCAGGUUGAAACCAUACUGGAACCUGCUGAGCGUUGCAAAUGUGCUAGCAAUUUUAUUGCUGCACCCCUUUCUCAGCUCCAUGUUACAUUUUCAUCAGCAGGGAGAGAGAGCGAGAGCGAGAGCGAGAGAGAGAGAGAGAUAUGGGGAAGACACAGGGACCCUAUUUUAUUUAUUGCCUUUCAGUCGGGUGAUUCUCAAAGUGGCUUUCAUAAUAAACUACCCCUUCCCCUGCAAACUCACAGCAGUCCUUAAACCCCUGGCUGACGAAAGUUCUGGGACAUAUUGCUAUUCAGUUCCAGACAGCAUCACCCUUGCAUAUAUAUAUGUACUGGGAUGCCAUGCUGGAUGAAGCAAGUGUUAUGUCCGAGUAUAUUUCAGCAAGGAUAGGAAGAAGUGCUAUAUUAUAAUAUGUUAGAUUAAAAUCACUUUCGAUUCAGGAUCUGGGCAAUGGUGAGCUCCUACUGCGGCAGCAGGGACUCGUUUGAAGCUCCUCUCAGGAUCAGGAAUUUCCUGCAGAACAGGAGGCUUAUUAAAAGUUCAGUGCUUGGAGGAUAGGGAGGGCAAAAUUCAGGGCCUCAAGUGUGCAGCUCAGAAGGCUAUAAAAACCCCUGCAACGUGAUCAGAAGGGGGAGAACGCAAUAGCGGGGGGGGGGGGGAGGGAGAGGCACUGCCAAAUCUUUGGCAUCUGUUUUUCUUUUAUUUGAUUCAGAAACCAGGUUUAUAACAUCGUUGGUAAUUUGCUUUGUUUUCAGAUCACUUCUUCCCAAAGAUCUCUCAAUGGAUAGCUGGUUUGUGUGUCUCCCUCUUGGCUCUUCUCGGUUUCAUUCUCCUCCUCCUUUACCUGUUUAAUAAAAACAGUGAGUACCUAGGAAGCUGCGUCAUAAAGGUAAAGGGACCCCUGACCUUUAGGUCCAGUCGUGACCAACUCUGGGGUUGUGGCGCUCAUCUCGCUUUAUUGGCCGAGGGAGCCGGCAUACAGCUUCCGGGUCAUGUGGCCAGCAUGGCUAAGGCGCUUCUGGCGAACCAGAGCAGCGCACAGAAACACCGUUUACCUUCCCGCCGGAGCAGUACCUAUUUAUCUACUUGUACUUUGCCGUGCUUUCGAACUGCUAGGUUGGCAAGAUCAGGGACCGAACAACUGGAGCUCACCCCGUCACGGGGUUUCGAACCGCCGACCUUCUGAUCGGCAAGUCCUAGGCUCUGUGGUUUACCCCACAGUGCAACCAGUGUGUAAAUGGUGUCAUUAUGUGCUUUUGAUACCAGGUGGCACUGUGUAGCAUCUUCUAGCUCAGUCUGUAGAUCAGCAGACUCUUAACCUCAGGGUUGUGGGUGCAGGGGUUUGGACUAUAUCAGUGUUUCCCACAUUUGGGUCUCCAGCUGUUUUUGGACUACAACUCCCAUCAUCCCUAGCUAGCAGGACCAGUGGUCAGGGAUGAUGGGAAUUGUAGUUCAAAAACAGCUGGAGACCCAAAUGUGGGAAACACUGGACUAGAUGAUCCUUUUGAUACUUUUCUACUCUGCAAUUCUGUGAUUCUAAAUACAUGGGAGGAAGUCAGAAGUUACAGUUCUGUUCUUAUUAGAGAGAAGCUUACAAAAUUCUUUUCUAGUCUCCGGACAGGUGUGUAUUCACAGGUCUCCUGGAGAGCCAGUGUGGUGUAGUGGUUAAGAGCGAUAGACUCGUAAUCUGGGGAACCAGGUUUGCGUCUCCGCUCCUCCACAUGCAGCUGCAGGGUGACCUUGGGCCAGUCACACUUCUUUGAAGUCUCUCAGCCCCACUCACCUCACAGAGUGUUUGUUGUGGGGGAGGAAGGGAAAGGAGAAUGUUAGCCGCUUUGAGACUCCUUAGGGUAGUGAUCAAGAGGGAUAUCAAAUCCAAACUCUUCUUCAUCUUCUCUUCUUCCUCCAGACAACCUGUUUAUUCAGCAUUCGUCCUGAUUUGUUUGCACAGAGGUUAUGCUGAGGUUAGAUUUGGAAGAAGCGGCUAUCCUUUUCAUUAUUCAUUCAUUCAUUCAUUCAGAAGAGUUUGGAUUUGAUAUCCCGCCUUUCACUCCCUUUCACUCACUGUGAUUUGUGCUCACAAUGCUAUUGGGGCAGUUACCUGAGACCCCACUUCAGGACAAUUGGCAUCUGCAACUGUUUCAGAGCAGACAUUCUGCUUUGUUUACAGUCGGGGCAUCUAGACAAGGGAUGGGGAAACGUCUGACCCACAGGCCAGAUUUGCCCCACCAGGCCUCCCCGUUUGUCUUCCAAACAAUGCCCACGGCCCCACAACUGUCAUCAUAUGUGAUGUGAAGUGUGAGACAGGUAGAGAGAUGUGGCUGGAUUGAACUCCCUGUCAGUUAUCUGAUGAUAACUGCUUGCACAAGAGUUCUAUUGGUGUUUCGCAACUUUAACCUGUUGCAGGACCUUAGCCAGACCCAGUUGAAUAUAGCAGAGCAUACGCAGACUUCCAGAAGCAAUCAGUUGCAUGCAGGUAGGAUGAAGCAGGAACAAGACACUGCUGCUAGUAACUUGGUUACUUAUAGGUGUUUAUUAUUUGCAGCAGACUCACAAGUUACUAUAGACAAGAUACAGAUACGGAUCUUAAACUCUCACUCUUAACAAACUCCAAACGAAUCUCCAAGGUCCCAUAUCUCUAGGCAGAAUAACUCCCUCUGCUCAGUCUUCUUGGCCUUCGGCCAACUCUUAAUUGCCUUGUGUGAAGCUGCACGUAGGCAAAAUCCCAACAAGUUCCCCACUGGGAACUCCCUCGCUGACCCAAACCCAGUAGAUAGCAGGAGUCAAUGGGGCAUUCAGUCCUACUUACUCUUUCUCCCCCCCCCCCACAUCCCCACAGACCAACUUUUACAGGUGGGUGGCAGUGGUGGGAGAUAAAGAUCAGGCCUGCUGGGCCAAGAAUACUUCCCACCUCUGAUCUAGGCUAGGAUUGUAUUCUUUGACUGAAGGUGGUCUCAGGGCCAGCCUACAUAGCUCUGGCCCUAAGUGCUGGGUUUGUUUGUUGAAAAGCAGCCCGUACAGGGUCCCCAGAAUGAGAAGCUGUGGCUUUAAUUCUUGGCCCCCACAGUGGGCCUAAUCCAGAUUGUGCAUCCAGACUUACAAUUUGUAUUGCCAAAAAGAAGAGGUCCCACCUGCUUCAGUCUUGCUCUUAAUUAAUCAUGAUACUACAGGAAAAUCAGCACACCUUAUUCAGACCAGAAACAACGGGUGGCUAGAUUGUACACUCAAAUGUUUACAGCAGUUAUAAUUAUUUCUUCUUUCCUUUCUCUUCUAGGAAAGCUUUCUGCAGAACUGAGUAAGUCAUUCUGCCUCUUUUGAGAAGAAAAACACAUUUAGGUCACAGUCCUGUGAAGAGACAGGCAGUCUUAAGUCCAUUAAUUUAAAUAAACUUAACCAUGCCUGAGAGUACAAUUCUUGUUGUUUACUCAGAUGCAUAUCCCACUGGUUUCACUUGGCUUUACUCCCCAGUAAUUGUGCAUAGAAUUGCACUGACUCUGUAUUGGACUGUGGCCUUAAAAAAAAAAAGGGGGGGGGAGACUAUUUUAGUAAAAUUAGGUUGUUGUUUUUAAGUAGAUGCGAAAGUUUGGUUCAGUUCAAGCCAAUAGCAAAAACUGAUGGCUGAAACAACACAUGCAGCUUGAGUGGGUAAAAAUAAUUGAUUCAGAAUUUCCACUGUAAAAGGUAUUUCAAAAACCUUUCCCCAGUUUAGAAUAAGGCUUGUUAGGUAGCAAAACUGCCAACUCUACACUAACAGCGGCGCCCACCCUGUGGAACGCCCUCCCACCAGAUGUCAAAGAGAACAACAACUAUCAAACUUUUAGAAGACAUCUGAAGGCAGCCCUGUUUAGGGAAGCUUUUAAUGUUUGAUGUAUUACUGUAUUUUAAUACAGUAUUUGGUUGGAAGCUGCCCAGAGUGGCUGGGGAAGCCCAGCCAGAUGGGCGGGGUAUAAAUAAUAAAUUAUUAUUAUACCAUUAUUAUUAUUAUUAUUAUUAUUAUUAUUAUUAUUACAGGACACUGGGUGUUUUCUCUCCAUGUUUCCAAGAACAGGUGAAAUUCAUCAAACUGAGGCAUUCAGCCUCGGUUCCUUUUUUAAAAAAAAGUUUGAAUUAUAGGAGGGGCUUUCCCCACGCACAUAUUCAACAUUGUUUUCCCUAUAGAAUCCUUGGAUCUGUGGUUUGUUUAAUGGUACUGGGAAUUGAAGCUCUUGAGGGAACUACAGUUCCCAGAACUGCCACAAAGCACAGACACUCUCUGUACAAUGUCCAAUGGCCUACUCUGAGGCAAAAUAACCCAGGAUAGUCUAGAAGGGCCCAUAUCAUUUAAUGGCACCAAAAACUAUUCAGAACAGGCCUCAGAGGAGGUCAGCACACCAGAAGAGAAGGCAGUCAGCACAUCUCCUUCAGCUGGCACCUUGUCUUGUGCCAGGCCUACAUAGCUGUCAGCACUGAAAUAGUAUUGGUGUUUUUUAUGCGUAAAGCACUCGAGAUCAAGAUUUUCCAUACCAAUGCUAAUUUGUCAUUGUGUGGUUGUUUUUAGGUUGGAGGAACUUGGUGAUGCCAAUCAAAAAAGGUAAACGGCUCUCCUGUUUUCGUAUGCGUGUCACAAUGCAUUAUUUCAGGCAUGAAAUCUGUCGCCACUCCCUGAUGCUGAAUUUUUGACAUUAAUUGAGGAUGCAAUAAAACUACCAUGGUGCGGUUGAGUGGGGUGGGGAAGGAGAACCUGUGAGGUGAAUAUCUUUCGCCUGGUGAGAUUUAGGACUCACCAUGUGAUGGGAAUCUGGUGUUAUCCAUUCGGGUCACGUUUUUUAAUAGUGACUUCAGAAGAUUCUCAACAGUUACGGGAAUCUUUGUUUGUUUGUUUGUUUAUCAAGAUUUAUAUACCACUUGAUUUGUUUGUUUUUAAAGAACAAGAAAACCUCUAAGCAUUUUACAAACCUUGAUAUCCUCCAUUAAUUGUUACUGGUGCCACAGAAUACCUGUUCUACAUCUGAAAUAGAUAUUUUAGUGUGGUGGCACCUGUUGACAUCCCUGUACUCUUUUCGGCACCUGCCAAAAACAUUUUUGCUUAGACAAGCCUACUCAGGUAUUGGAAUGCUGGUGUGUUUUUAGUUUGCUGCUGGUUUCAAUUUUUUGAAUGCUCAGAUAAGUUUUGACUAAAGAUUUUAUUGUUUCCUUCUUUUCAUUAACCCCUGAGGGAUUUUUAUUUUUAUUUUUUUACAAUCAAGCAGUGUAUCAACCAUAUGAAAUGAAUGAACCAAUUUAAGGAAACACUGCUGCUGUGGAGAAAUUUCAAAUCUCUAGGGGGGAAAGGCGAUUCUUCCACUUGACUGCCAGAUAGUAUUACCGGUGCAUAAAGUUGACGCGUGAGCAUCUACUCUUGGGUGUAUUCUUUUAAUUCAGUCUUGCAGCAGAGUUUCUUCUUACAGAAAAUCUUUAUUAUUUACACAAAUUUACACUGGUCAAAUAAAACAACAUAAUUCCUUCUCCUCUAUCCAUCCGACUCUGAGAUUCAAUUGCUCGUUUUCAACUUUGUUCAUUUACACACUGACUCUGACCUUUAAUGACCACAUGCCCUUAAUAGAGGCUCCUGUUAUGAGAUUUUUCUGUUGCCUAGCAACCUGUUCAAGACCAAUUCUUUCUAGAAUAUUCCAAUAAGUCAAGAAGGCAGCAGGCAGAUAGCACGUGCCAGUGCAACUGGUUACGCUGGCCCUCAGCCGCAACACUGUCUGGUUAACACUGAUAUUGCCCUCCUUCCUUCCGUGACCUCUUUCCUUCUCAUCUUCUCCACCCUGCAGCAAAUGUAACCCUGGAUCCGGACACAGCGAACAACGAGCUCAUCCUGUCUGCGGACCGGAAGACCGUCAUACAAGGCUUCACGUGGCACAGCCUGCCUGACAGCCCCCUGAGAUUCACCCUCGAGCGCUGCGUUUUGGGAAGCGAGGGCUUUUCCUCAGGAAGGCAUUACUGGGAAGUCGAGGUGGGCGAGGAGGGGUACUGGGCCGUGGGGCUGGCAAGGGGUUCCGUGAGGAGGAAGGAGUGCCUCAGCCUUGACCCCAGCGAAGGGAUCUGGGCCGUGGAGAAGUGCCGGGUCCAGUACCAAGCUCUCACCGUCCCCGAGACUCCCCUGUCUUUGCGGAAGAGACCCAGGAAACUUGGGAUUUACUUGGACUAUGAGACGGGGCAAGUGGCGUUUCAUGACGUCAACCACAAGACACCCAUCUUCACUUUCCCCUCCGCUGCUUUCAACGGGGAGGUGGUCUUCCCUUUCCUGCAGGUCGGGGUGGGAUGCUGGCUUCGACUGUGCCCCUGAGACCUUCCUUGUGUGAGGCUUAACGGGCAAGCAAGGCAUGACACAGCGGACUUGGAAGGCACCUCAAAAGUCAUCUCUGCUUAUGCACUGGGGAUGGGGUGUGUGCAUCUAUCAUUUUAUGUUUUACUGUGCUUUUAAGUAUUUUGUGGGGAGCCACCUAGAGCAGGGGUAGGCAACCUCAGGCCCGGGGGCUGAUGCGGCCCAAUCGCCUUCUAAAUCCGGCCCACGGUCGGUCUGGGAAUCAGCGUGUUUUUACAUGAGUAGAAUGUCCUUUUAUUUAAAAUGCAUCUCUGGGUUGUUUGUGGGGACUGCCUGGUGUUUUUACAUGAGUAGAAUGUGUGCUUUUAUUUAAAAUGCAUCUUUGGGUUAUUUGUGGGGCAUAGGAAUUCGUUCAUUAUUAUUUUUUUCAAAAUAUAGUCCGGCCUGCCACAUGGUCUGAGGGAAGCUGAAAAAGCUUGCUGACCCCUGGGCCUAGAGUGUCUGGGACAACCCAGCCAGGUGGGAGUCAUAUAAGUUAAAUCACCGCCAUCAUCAAAUUUCAGCAGGAAAAGCAUGGGCAGCUGGCGAACUGCUGUCCCUUCGCAGAGGAGCAAAUGGACAGGAUGAAGGUUGCAAGGCGUCCUUGAGCAUGAAUAAAACAGGCAAUCAAAACCAGAGGAUGACCCUCGCUCUGUGAUGCCACCAUCAGCAGCUAGUUUGACAGCUAACAGCGGCAAUAUCAGAGGAAGCGUUAACCAUGGAAGUGUUGCUCUGAUUCUAUGCCACUGCCUUCAAAUGCGAUAGCUAAGGAAGAAUAUUUGUGGGUCGGCCUCCCCCUGGAUUGCAUGCAGGUAAAAGCAUUCAAGAGCACCUUUGGUGUUUACCAAUUCAAAUCUCCUCCACUGACUGGAUUCACUAUGUUUGGGUAGUUUUCAUUUUUAAGCAAUUUGUCCAACCGUCCCCCAAACACAAGACGUACUGAGAGUCACACGAGGACCGGAGUAAUGAGACGGCGGACAGUGAUACUGUAGCAUUCUUGAUUUGCCUAAAGUGAUUAUGUCCAAGAUUUUAGUGAAAGAUGUGUCGUUAAUCUUGAAUAUUUGUUUAAAUGAACAUAAAUAAAAGCCUCUUCAGUGCUAAGGUGAGAUCUACUCGGUAUACAUGGUUCCGCGUUCCAUUAAUUAUGGUGCUGUGGGUUAAACCACAGAGCCUAGGACUUGCCAAUCAAAAGGUUGGCGGUUCGAAUCCCCACGACGGGGUGAGCCUCCCGUUGCUCGGUCCCUGCUCCUGCCAACCUAGUAGUUCGAAAGCACAUCAAAGUGCAAGUAGAUAAAUAGGUACCGCUCUGGCGGGAAGGUAAACGGCGUUUCCGUGCGCUGCUCUGGUUCGCCAGAAGUGGCUUAGUCAUGGUGGCCACAUGACCCGGAAGCUGUAUGCUGGCUCCCUCGGCCAAUAAAGCGAGAUGAGCGCCGCAACCCCAGAGUCGGUCACGACUGGACCUAAUGGUCAGGGGUCCCUUUACCUUUACGCCUACAUUGGAAGACUCUAACCAUGGGCACACCCACACUGCUGCUUUCCCCUGGGAAAACCCGCUGUUUGCCACCAAAUUGCAGCAAACAUUCAUCAAGUUUCCUCUGGAUUGGCAUUUGCGAGUUAUAGACUGAACCACUCAAGGAAAGAGAAAACAGCAAGUGUUUUAAAUGGGGCAAGAACUGAAACAGCCUCCAGAUGAAAAGGAGCCGAUUGUAGAAGGUUGCAGAAUGGCUAUUUAAGUUGACCAAUAUUGUAUUUAUGGAGUAAAGGACGGCAACAUAUUUAAGGAGAUGUCAGCAUUUAUUAAGUUUUGGCAAAGAGGUACAGGGCAGAGCAAAUAAUUCUGACAACCCAGUACCUAAACGUUUCCUGUCACCUGUGCUUUUUCAUUCCAGCAUUCUAUAUAAAAAAGUAAAAGUAAAAAAGAAUUCUUAAAAUACUUACGCAAAUUUGGAUAAACUUUUACUCUACUUUUUUUUAAAAGUCUGCAAUUUAAAAAAAAAUAUUUUCCCAGAAUGUAAAAAUUUGCAAGGUACGUUAACAAGGCAUCCUAAACAGAUCUCAAUUGAAAACCAAGGUGAUCUCCUGUAUCCCUGUAUUUACCAUGUUAAAAUUACAAAGCACCACUUUUCUUAUCAAUUUUCACCGUCUUUCUUGGUUUCAGCUUAGCUUGGAUAAAUUGACUGCACUCAACCCUUAACUACUGGCUUUAUCUUGCAAUAACUGCUUUCAUUUGGGUACAAAUAUCCAAAUGCAAAAUACCUGUACACACACCUCAUAUCGAUUUUGUACCUACACACAUACACACUUUUAAUUCCCAUUUUUCACAGCAAUAUGUCCACAAGCUGGAUCUCCAUUCUUGUCUGAUCACCAUUCCGUGUAUUUCUGAGAGGCUGCAGUUUAAAAGAGAUGUACCACUCGCAGUUCAUAUGAGGGGUACAAAUGUUGUACUUUGGAAUCUGUAUCCAAAUGAGAGGGAAUAUAGCCGGGAGAGACAAAGAUGUUGCUAAAACAUACUACAAGUUAUAUCUACGAAGUAGUUUUAAAUGGUGUAUGCAUUUGGGUCUCUCACAUUCUGUAAGCCUAGGCUCCAGUCUCCAUUCAGAAUAUAUAGUAACCUGAUAAGGGAAUUAAGGCAAGUCAAAAGCAGCUGUUGUAUUAACCGCGUUGAAGCUCAGUAUUGUGUGUUACAGCCAGAGAGAGUUAUGUUGACUUCACUGUUGGAAGGGCCAAAGACCCAAGUCCAACAGAAGAACAGAUAUAAUUUAACAGAGGCGGAGCACAGUGUUCAUGUCCCCAACUCGGAAGAAAGGAAAUAUUUUUGACACAAAUUUGACACUAAAGAGAACAAGGCGCUUGUUUUCUUCCGCAUCAAAAAAUCCCACCGUUCCUCCUUCAUAGUCCAAACGGAUCUGAAUCUUUUUAGGGUGUUUACUUGGGUUCAGAAUGGUUGGGGGCGACGUUAAGGUUUUGUACUGACCGUUGUUAAAACCCACAGCCAUGAUUCCCUCCUCAGGGACGAUAUUCAGCUGUCCUUUCCUCUUCACAGAUUCUUUGGCUACACCCACAGCCCAGAAAGUUCCCUUGCUCACAUCCACUGUCCAAUGAUGCUUCCCUGAGGUGAAUCCUUGACAGCCAAGCACGCAGCGGGUGGGGUCAAAUCGUUGGGUGCUGUAGGGAAGCUCCUGGCGGACAGAGCCCCAUGCGACAGCUUUCUGACCAUCAAACACAACAAAUCGAGGGUGAGCCGUCAUGGGGUCCAGUGUCACGUUCUCUGUAAUAAAUAAUAAUAAUAAUAAUAAUAAUAAUAAUAAUAAUAAUUUAUUAUUUAUACCACACCCAUCUGGCUGGGCUUCCCCAGCCACUCUGGGUGGCUUCCAAAAAAAUAUUUAAAUACUGUAAUACAUCAAACAUUAAAAGCUUCUCUAAACAGGGCUGCCUUCAGAUGUCUUCUAAAAGUCUGGUAGUUGUUGUUCUCUUUGACAUCUGAUGGGAGGGCGUUCCACAGGGCAGGCACCACUACCGAGAAGGCCCUCUGCCUGGUUCCCUGUAAAUUGGCUUCUCGCAGUGAGGGAACCGCCUGAAGGCCCUCGGUGCUGGACCUCAGGUCCGGGUAGAACGAUGUGGGUGGAGACGCUCCUUCAGAUGCAAGAGAUCAAAUGCAACUGUCAGGCAUGGGGCCAAGCUCCAUGAACCUUUCCCAAAGACCACUGUAUAAAACAAGUAACUGUUCAUCUGCUGCAGAUGGUUGUUUCUGAAGGCGGCCUAUUUAUUGAGCAUUCCUCCUGAUCUGAGACUCGCAUCAGUCUCAGCCAGCAUGGCUGAGAAAGAGGAGAGUUGUGGUCCAACAAUAUAUAGAAAACCACAGGUUGCCUCUUUUCUUUUUUUAAAUACAAAAAGGCAUGAAUCCAUCUUUACGGUGAGAUAUCCAGAAUCUGUGGGGACUUACCAUUUAUCCACUUUUGUUCAUCCAAAGUCUCUAGAGGAAGAAAAGGAGGAUAAGCAUAUGCAAACUUCUGUGAUUCGUUAAUGUGUUAUAUUUAGCAACAAAUGAACUUCGUAUAUUAAUACACCAUUAAUUCACAUGCACCAUUCUAAAGCCUUAGGAGUAUUAUCACUUUGGAAAUCUACAGCUACCCAACUGCACUUCUAAUUUCUCUCUCCUUUGUAGGCAUCAAGCCUUGAAGCACACAUUUACAGCAAUGAUAGUAUUAUUAUUAUUAUUAUUAUUAUUAUUAUUAUUAUUAGCAGAUAGCAAGUAAACUAGCAAGCUCACAAUAUUGUAGCCCUAUGGAUCCAGGCCAUCAUGCAUUAAGAUCCUUGAAAUCAAAGGGACAAGUUAGUCAUCACAAUCUAAUCCCAAAAAUUUCAACCACUAAAGAAUGACUAUGUUAUUCUGAAUCCAGCGCCCGUAUUUUAAUGGUGGGUAUUGUACAAAGGCGAAAUGUGAUUGGGACAAAUGUUCACUGAUCGCCUGGAAAAAGAGCUAAAUAAGAACAACAGUAAAAUUUCCACCUCAACAAUCAGCUUCAGAAACCCAUUUAGUACCUCUGAAUUUCCUCAGUUUGCCCUGCAGUGAAGCACUCUCUUUGGAGAAUUCCUGAAGCACUGUACUGAGCUCCGAAGAAUCAGGUGGAGUAGGAAACUGAAAUUUGCCCCUCUUGCACCUAGAGGUUUGACAAACAGGAAACCGCAUGAAAAGAAAUCUUUAUUCACUUGCAGCUUCUCAGAACAUCAGGCGCAGAAUGCAUCUACAUAGUGUAAACAGCUGGCCAAGCUGACGGAAGGUGAACUACAACCUUGGCCAAUGGCUUUGCAACUUUGGGGUUGGGGUUAGGGGUGUGCUAGGGGCACAUGCUAGUGAAAAUUCUACUCUAGGUAGAACGGGAAGGAUGCAAGAAGCAUCCCGGUGGAUCAGACCAACGGCCUAUGUAGUCCAAGCCCAAAGAUGGAAAGUGAGCGAGAUCCCUAGUUAGGAAGGUUGGCAAAUUAAGAUGAUAGAAUUUGUGGAAGCAGCAGGUUUAACUUAUAGAAUAAGAGAGCAAGAAGAAUCUUUAUUCAAAGAGGAGUGGAAUCCCCCUACCCGAAUAUUUAGAAAAUAACUGUACAAUUGAAAACACUGGUAGUAUCUAGAUAAAUUCAACAGCACGGUAAAUAUUUGGAGGAUGCAAAAUGGAGAAAUGAUUAGAUUGGUUACAGUGAAAUAUGCAGGAACGAUAGGUAAGUAAAAUGAACCAUGAAAAGCGAAGGAGGUUAAGCCCAUUGUUUCAUGGCAUGAUGUAAAAUGUUUAUUUUGAGAUGUACAAACUGGAAAAAAUAAAUAAAAAAUGUUGUAUAUAUAAAAAAGGCAGCAUUCCCUCCUAAGCAGAUGAUUUGGAGAAGGCUGCCACCAGGACCAUGAGCACAAUCACACUCUCCUACUGAGACAUACUGCUUUUGAUCCUGGCAUGCAUGCAGAACAUUACUAGAAUUGCCAUCUGUGAAGGGUGGAGAAAUGGCAACAGGAAGAACGGCCUCAUACCUGUUGAAGAUACUUCCAAUAUCCUAGCGAGAAAAAAGAGGAGACAAGACAGAGAGGUUAGGUCAUCCAGUCCAACACCCGUCACAUUUGGAAUUAAUUUCUACAGGGGUUCAUCUUAUAUCCUGCCUUCCUUACAUCCUAAAACUCAAAACGGCAUUUGUAGGUUUCCCUGGUGGCCCCUAAUCCAGGCACUGACCAGGCCCAGACAUGCCCAGCCACCAAAAGGUUGCUGCAUCAAGUACCUAGCAUCUUCCCAGCUCAUUUUGCUUUCAACCCUCAAAGCAUUCGUUUCAGUUUGGCGGCAUUAGCAAACCAAUUCAUUCAGUCUCUUUGUGGAGGCAUAGCACAAUACCUACUGCCUUGCGGGAUAUCUUUGGGAGAAGAGAAACCCAAGGAGUAAACCAGGGGUCAGAAAGGUUUACCUCGCCUGGGCUGGUUCACUCCAGCGGAGAUCCCUCCCUUGGCCAGAUUGCACUCGCACGUAAGCCCGCGAUUUCUCCGCAGACGCAAUUUCCGGCACCGUGGAAGUGAGUCCCUGUGCUGUGCCAGUUUAGCGCAGGGCGCAGGGACUCGCCGAGCGGGUGGCUCGGUUCGGGGGUGGCUCAUGGGCCGGUUAAACAACCCCCAUAGGCCGCUUGUGGCCCAUGGGCCUUAGGUUGCCUACCCCUGGAGUAAAACCUACACAAAUUGGAGUGGAGUCCCUAAGGCACCUUGUACGCCUCCUUCUGGCAACUCCUGCAGCCAAGCAGGUGCCAAACGUAUUGCUCUGCUUUCCUUUCAACCACAUCAGUGAGGCCGAGACUGGGGGAAUCUUGUCGUCUGGGCAGCCCAGGACCUUCAUACACACUGCCAGGUUUGACUUCACCCCCAGAGCCAGUGUGGUGUAGUGGUUAAGAGCAGUGGACUCGUAAUCUGGUGAACCGGGUUCGAUUCCCUGCUCCUCCACAUGCAGCUGCUGGAUGACCUUGGGCUAGUCACACUUCUCUGAAGUCUCUCAGCCCCACUCACCUCACAGAGUGUUUGUUGUGAGGGAGGAAGGGAAAGGAGAUUGUUAGCCGCUUUGAGACUCCUUCGGGUAGUGACAAAGCGGGAUAUCAAGUCCAAACUCCUCCUCCUCCUCAGAGACGCACUCCGUUGUCUCUUGAGACAGAUGGAUGCCAACAAACAACACAGCACUGGCUAAGAUCUUGCUCUGCUGAGGGGGAAGAAGGCCCUGCUUUGGACACACACCACCAGCAGAAACUCAGGUCGUCUUUUCCCCCAGGUUCAAAAUACUGGGCUUCCAGAGAUCGGGAAAGGUGUUAACCCUGCAGCAAUGCACCACUGCAGGAAUGUGGUGAGAGGGGUGAGAAGGCCAAAUGAGGAGGAGGAUGCAACCAAAUGGGAAAUAACUAGGAACAAGAGAGCCAGUGUGGUGUAGUGGUUAAGAGUGGUAGACUCGUAAUCUGGGGAACUGGGUUCGCGUCUUCGCUCCUCCACAUGCAGCUGCUGGGUGAUCUUGGGCCAGUCACACUUCUCUGAAGUCUCUCAGCCCCACUCACCUCACAGAGUGUUUGUUGUGGGGGAGGAAGGGAAAGGAGAAUGUUAGCCGCUUUGAGACUCCUCCGGGUAGUGAUAAAGCGGGAUAUCAAGUCCAAACUCUUCUUCCAAACAAAGGAAAGCUGCCCUGUGCCUAUCAGGCCAUUGGUCCAUCUAGCUCAAUAUGGUCUACUCUGACUGGCAGCAACUCUCCAAGAUUUCAGGCAAAGCCUCCCCUCCAGCACAGUCCUACCUGGAGAUGACGGGGGCUGAAGCCAAGACUUUCUUCUGCGUGUGUGAUCACUGUGCUAUGGCUCUUAUAUAAUGGCAUUUAGUAAUAAUAAUAAUAAAUUUCAUUUAUACCUCGCCCUCCCCAUUCAAGGCUGGGCGCAGGGCGGCUAACAACCAAUAAUAAAAACAAGUUGAAUGAAUACAACUUAAAAACAAGAUUAAAAUACAACAUUCAAACAUUAAAAUGCAGCCUCAUCACAGGAGGAAAAAAGAAAGAGGCGGAGGGAAUCAAACUGACUCCAAGCCAAAGGCCAGGCAGAACAACUCUGUCUUACAGGCCCUGCGGAAAGAAAUCAGAUCCCGCAGGGCCCUGGUCUCAUGAGACAGAGCGUUCCACCAGGCCGGAGCCAGUGUUGAAAAGGCCCUGGCUCUGGUUGAAGAUAAUCUGACUUCCUUAGGGCCCGGGGCCUCUAGGGUGUUGCUAUUUAUGGACCUUAAGUCCUCCGUGGGGCAUACUGGGAGAGGCGGUCCCGUAGGUACGAGGGUCCUAGGCCGUGAAGGGCUUUAAAGGUCAAAACCAGCACCUUAAAUCUGACCAUGUACUCCACCGGGAGCCAGUACAGCUGGAAAAGCACUGAGUGAAUAUGCUCCCAUGGCAGAGACCCUGUGAGGAGCCUCGCUGCAGCAUUCUGCACCCGCUGGAGUUUCUGGGACAGCUUCAAGGGCAGCCCUGCGUAGAGCGAAUUACAGUAGUUUAUUAUUUGCGUUACCUGCAUCAGCCCACCUGGUGGCUCCUGACCCUUCUGCUCCAGCUCGCCAAUUAGGGUGUUGAUAUGGGAAAUCUCCUCAGAAAAUUUAGCUGCAUGCUCUUCCUUCUUCUUCUCAAUCUCUAUCUCCAGCUUCUGCAGCCGGGUUAAGAGGAGCUGCUCUUCUUUCUCUAGAAACUGGCGGAGCUGCUGACAUUCCAACACAAGCUUCUCCCUCUCGGCUUCAGUUUCUGCCUGAUUGGGACAGGUGCAAACAGUGGGAGGAGGGGGAACACUGGUUUAUUUAUUUGUAAUAUUUUUUACCCACCCAUAGGAAAGCACAUUGACACAUGAAACACCAUUUCGUGUGUUCCAAUGGUAAAGGUAAAGGGACCCCUGACCAUUAGGUCCAGUCGUGUCCGACUCUGGGGUUGUGGCGCUCAUCUCACUUUAUUGGCCGAGGGAGCCAGCGUACAGCUUCCGGGUCAUGUGGCCAGCAUGACUAAGCCGCUUCUGGCGAACCAGAGCAGCGCACGGCAACGCCGUUUACCUUCCCGCCGGAGUGGUACCUAUUUAUCUACUUGCACUUUGACGUGCUUUCGAACUGCUAGGCUGGCAGGAGCAGGGACCAAACAAUGGGAGCUCACCACGUUGCGGGGAUUCAAACCACCGACCUUCUGAUCGGCAAGUCCUAGGCUCUGUGGUUUAACCCACAGCAAAUGUCUCUGCGAGAGGCACGGGUGUCCUUUGACCCACCAGAAGUUGCUGAACUACAACUCCCAACAUCCCUGGCCACUGGUUGAUGGAAAGUGUAGCUCAGCAACAUCUACAGGGCUAAAAGGUCCUUGCGCCUGCUUUGUAAUGUCAAAAUCUAGCUAUUCCCCAGGCUGCUUCCAUUGCAUAUAAUGCAAAAUGGUGUUGCACCGAGUUGUUGUAGAUGUGUGUUGCCAUGUCUUCUUCUGCAGAAAGAGAAGCUGACCUUGGACUGGUGUUGUGAAACACCAGCUGAAAUUGAAACUCAGCAACAGAUUAUAAUUAGAUGCUCUUGUAAAGUUGCUACUUUCAGAAUCCAGCUGCCAAGGGCUAGUUCACAGGUGCAUGAAGCAAGGUCAUAACACUUUGGGGGACAAUAGGUAUCAACUUAAUGCACCAGGUGGAAAGGUUUGUUUUUAUAAAACAUAGAACCACUUUGGAACAUGGUCGCUUCAGCGACCCCAAGUAAUGGAGCGUGUUACUUCCGGGUUUCACCGCGCGCACAUGCACAGACGCUGAAAAUGACGUCACGCACAUGCGCAGAAGCGGUGAAUCGUGACCCGCAGACGCGGGUUGCGUUCGCUUCAGAUUCCAUUCGCAUCCAGAGGUACCACUGGAUUCUUAAGAAUCUAGAUUCUUAAGAAUCUAGACUUUGUAACAAGAAAAGUUUUAAGUACUAUUAUUGCUCACCUUAGGUUAUCUAUAUGUCUUGUGAGAGUAUAUAUAUAUGCAUGUAUUAUUAAAAGGAGCAUUAAUCAUAGUAAUAAUAAUAAUAAUGGUAUUAUUUGUACCCCACCCAUCUGGCUGGGUUUCCUCAGCCACUCUGGGCGGCUUCCAGCACAUACAAAAACGUAAAAUGUCAAACAUUAAAACAUUAAUAAAAAUAGAUACUCAAAAGAUUUGCUCCUGUAUACAAAUUGAUUCAUUGCUGUUAUAUAAAAUCUGAACUGAACCCACAUCAGUUCCAGGUGUACACUUUACUGAAACAGAUCAAACAGAAGCCCAGGACUAUCAGUUUAUCACCUGUAGCUAAAAAUUGGCACUCUACAUGGAUAACACAUGCAGAGCUGACAUUCCCAACACAGAAAUGUAGAAACGCCAUAUACAAAUUAAAAACCAAGUGAAGAUGUAAUGGUGUUGCUAAUGGUGAAGAUGUAAUCUGCUUGCACUUACCAGCAGAUCCUGGCUUGGCUUCUCUGCAUCUAAUUUAAACGAUAAAAUCUUGUCUCGCUCUUCUUUCAGAGUUUGCAAGCAGUGAUUUAUUUUCUCCUAAGACAGACACGAAUAACACAGUUUUUGAGCCAUUCACCGUAUUCUCCUCAAAUAAGCAGCUACACAUGCAAGAGAGAAUUAUUUAAGCGCAGCGCUGUAACAACAUCUAAAUCCCAUCAGAUUGCAAAUUUGCAUCUGUGCUGGAUAACUAAUCUAAAACUGCUCCUCUGGCAUAUUUCACACACAAUCUUCAAAUAAGACCGAUUUCUUCCAGCCUCCACCCACUCGCUUAGAUACUCAGAUGCUGUUUGGUUUUCUGUAUUUGUAGUGUUCAAGCACCAGACAGGUUUUAAAGUUUCUUAAACCCUUUCUUUUCCUAAUGCAUUGAUUGUGCUUGUUGCUUUGGUGGCAAUAUUUUGGGAGACACACCCUGGGAUAAGCAUCAAGGAAUUAUGGGGGUUUGCUACUGGACAAUUUUUUUAUAUGUUGAAAUAAAGUUUGGCCUAUUCGAGUCUAGCCUAUACAGUGGACGCUCGGGUUGCGAACGUGAUCCGUGUGGGAGGCACGUUCGCAGCCCGCAGCGCCACAUCUGCGCAUGUGCGGGUUGUGAUUUGGCGCUUCUGCGCAUGCGCAAAGCACAAUUUAGCUCUUCUGCGCAUGCCCGACCGCCAAAACCCGGAAGUAAUCCGUUCCGGUACUUCCGGGUUUUGGUGUGUCCAUAACUCGAAAAAACGCAACCUGAAGCGUCUGUAACCCACGGUAUGACUCUAUCAGGAAUGGGAAAUUCUGUGGACUGCCAGAAUAAUAGAAUUGUAGAGUUGGAAGAGACCCCGAGGAUCAUCUAGUCAAAUCUCCUGCAAUGCAGGAAUACGCAGCUGUCCCAUAUUAGCAGGCAUAGGCAAACUCCGGCCCUCCAGAUGUUUGGGACUACCAUUCCCAUCAUCCCUAGCUAACAGCGAUGAUGGGAAUUGUUGUCCCAAACAUCUGGAGGGCCGGAGUUUGCCUAUGCCUGCAUAUGGGGAUCAAACCUGAGACCUUAGUGUAAUCAGCACUGUGCUCUAACCAACUGUAGCUCCCUUAGAAUCAUAGAAUUGGACGGGACCUCAAGGGUCAUCCAGUCCAACCCCUUGCAAUGCAGGAAUCUCAGCUAAGGCACCCAUGACAGAUGGCCAUCCAACCUCUGCUUGAAAACCACCUUCAUCCCUGGUCACUGGAUGUGCCCGCUGCAGAUGAUGGGAGUUGCAGUUCAAGCACACCUGGAAAGUCACAGGGUCCUGUCCCCCCAAUCCCAGGCCUAUAGGUCUUUAAUGACAGCCUCUCUGUGAAAUUAGGCAAAAAUUAAGAAGCUGCAGCAAGAAAGUGACAAUUUGGGAGGGGCUUGUUCAGGGAGUUGCAAAGCUUGAUCCCCUUGAUUUAAUACAGGCAUGGCCAAAGUUGGCCCUCCAGCUGUUUUGGGACUACAACUCCCAUCAUCCCUAGCUAACAGGACCAGUGGUCAGGGACGAUGGGAAUUGUAAUCCCAAAACAGCUGGAGGGCCAAGUUUGGCCACGCCUAAUUUAACACAACUUUGGGUCCCCAGCCGUUGCUGGACUACAAUUUCCAUCACCCCCAGCUAACAGGACCAAUGGUCAAGGAUGAUGGGAGUUGUAGUCCAACAACGGUUGGGGACCCGAGUUUGACUGUUUAACAUUAGCCGUUUGCAGGAGCGCUAUCUUAUUGAAGUACGUCGCACCUUCCAAAGAGACAGGCAGCAGGUGACCCCAAAUUUCCCAAAGAUCUUAUAGCUUAAAAUAGACAGCGAGGAAACAACAGACCAGGAUUGAUGGAGAAGGGUAAGAAGGCCUCUGUUCUCUGGAGACAGAGGAUCCAGACAGCAGGUUAAGGGGGAAGAUCCCUGCAGAGACCCUGGAGAGCUACUGUCAGAUGGGGCAGGUAAUAUAGGGCUAGACAGACUAACCUGGCAAUAAGUUGUUUCAUAUGUACCAAUACAUGAAUCCUGGUUGCUUUCCAGUUCUUCUAAGAUGUCCCCACCCCCAAGAACCCCCACUGAUUUGGAGUUUGUUCCGGACGAAAGAAGAAUGGAGGAUUAAGUUGAUGGACUAUGCAGAAUUAGAUAAAUUAACAGGAAGGAUUCGAAACCUGCGGGAUCAGAGAUUCUUAG